AUGGCGAGUUUUGGGGUCGGGGAGAGGUUCCAGGGGAGUGCGUCCUCGACGCCAGGGCCCGGCGCGUACACACCCAGGACGAAGGAUGGCCUGCACCCCUUCGCGAUUCCCGAGCUGAAGAAGGGCGGACUGCGCAGCGCCAGGCGCUCCAGUGGGAGCUUCCAGGAUGCAGCUGAGAAGAAAGCAGCAGGACCCUUCAGUGCACGACACAGGCGUACAUGCUCUCAUGACUCAGCAUUUUCUGCGUUCAGCAACAGGACCACUCCCAGGGGCACAGAUUGUGAAACCAUGAAUCCCCCUCAUGAAAAGAUAGCCAGCAUAGAAAAGAAACCCCACAGUGGGGUGCGGCAGCUGAGCAGGAUACGCCAGGAGAAAAAGGGGGUGCAAGAUAAACUGAGCGAACCAAGCAACCACUCCAGCAAGAUACCGCCAAGAAGGAUUGCAGUAGUUGGCAGUCAGUUGGGCACAAGGGCAAGUGCUCUGCAAAGCACAGUUGAUUCUGUGUGCUGUCAAGCUUCUGAGAUCGAAGCAAGGCGUGCAGCGCUGAGAAACAACUCUUGCCAGUCCUCGAGCUUGCUGCUGGACUCACAGGCACCUCUGCCACAAGUCACGGUGCAGGCUGGGAAACCCCAAAGCAUGGGGCAUGCGGAGCCUGCUGAGUCCAAAAGAGUUCAAGAGUUGGAAAGAGAACUGUCAAGACAGAGAGCAGCAUUGAAGGCUGCCAACGAUGAAAUCUGUCGUUUCAAGGCCAUCUUGAGUGCAAGGGAUGAUGCAAUAGGACAGCUGAAGGGCUGGCUGUCCCGAGCACAGCAAAUACAGCAAGAAUGUCAACAGCAGUUCCUGGCAAGUCAGAGCAGCGCAUUGACGAUGCCAUCGGAGAAUAAUUGUAGGUCAGAAGACUCAAGCCCUGUUGCGUAUGCAUCAGAGGCGUCGACUAGGAUCGAGGGAACAGAGGAUGACAGAUUGCUGGCAGAGCCAAAUGAUGACCAGGAGGAGAGCCAGGAGUUGGAUCAUAAGUCAAGCGCCGCUGACACAAAGGUUUCUGCUCAAGCACGGGCUGCUGACAACGUUAAGGCUGCACGACUGAGGAAUGUUGUCAGGACCUCAUUCACCAUAGUGUCUUCAUUGGCAGAACAGAUGGGUACAACCGAGGUGCUCGCUGCUGAGUCACUGCUUGCAGAUGCUGUUGCUUUAUCAGAUUGUCUCGAGCAAGCUUUCUCAAGGCAGCGGAAUGAGUCAUCCUCUUCGCCCAAUGGCACGGCUUGCACAAAUGCAGAUUCGGGGGUAUCAGGCUUGACUGGUGUGGCCUGUGAGAGCAGAACGACCCAACAAAGUGGUCAAUUGUGUGUUGGACAUGACAACCACAGUGAGUGCAGACAAUUUCAUGCAAGGCAAAAGCAAGAAUUGGAAGAGCUGCACAAGGAUGUCUCCGUGCUGCUGAGAGAGAAAUUCAAACUUGAGCAAUGCAUCCGGUAUCUUGCCGCCCGCUGCCAACUUUACCAAGGAUAUUGUGUGGGCGAGGAUGUCAGUGGUCAGGGGGCCCAAAGAGCUGCCCAAGAAACCCGGCCAGGUUCAGCACAGAGCAGUGGCUCUUCUUCUGUUGCGUCGAAAUCACGCAAGACGAUUGGGAGAGGGGUGGCAGCUAAGAGACGCAGCACAGGGUGCAAAAAGAAAUUGACUGUAUCAGAGAGUGCGAUGCAGGAGCUGCAGAUGGAGGCCUUGAAAGAUGCUGGAAUUCGGCUGGACGACAUGGAAGAAAUGAGGGGAACAGACCCAUUCGAAGACCUGUCCUGGCAGCAGGACGAAGAGAGCAGACUGUACGAUUUCAGUCACCCACCCGGCAAGAAUGAAAGACGGAUCCUAGCAAAGGUGUCCGCAGUCUGCAUUCCUUCUCAUGGCGAUGAACACGUGCGCACCACGAAUGUGAGCUAUUUGUGUUAG